GCAAAGAUUUACAAUCAACAUUUAACCUGAGGACAAAACUGAAAAAGAUUAAAAACUUGUUAAAACAUUAUAUUAUAUUAUAUUGAGGAUUAUAUAAAGAUACAGAUAAAACAUGGCUGUCCCAGGAAAAAAAGCAUUAAAACAAUUUUCAUCUUCAACACAAUCCAUUGUAUCAGAUGAAGAUCUUCAAGUUUUCUGUCAACCUUGUGACGAGGAAGGAACCAGAAUUCCUGCCCAGGGUUACUGCACAGAUUGCAAUGAACAUUUAUGCAAGAAUUGCUUUACAGUCCAUAAAAAGCAUAAACUUUCCAAACAGCAUACACUUCUGGAUUUAACAAAAAUGCCUAAAGUUUUGCAUCAACCCUCAACAUCUACCCACAAAUGCAAGUCUAAUAAACUAAGCACACCCUGUUGCAAACAUCCGAAAGAAAUAAUAAAGUUCUACUGCCACGAUCAUGAAGAAUUACUUUGCAGUGUUUGUGUUACCCUAGAACACCAAGCGUCAUCCUGCAAAUUCAACUAUAUACCCGAUAUUUCUGGUAAUAUAACAGGCAGCAAAGAAUGUCAAGAUAUUUUGAAAGCAGUAGAAAACACUUCUGGCCAAUAUCAGCAGUUUGUUGAGGAUGCCAAAAAAAUGACAAAUAAGUCCAACAGCUCUCUCAAAGAGGCAUUAGCAGACAUAAAAAAGUUUCGACAAGAAAUCAACCAAAGACUAGAUGAACUGGAGAGGCAGAUUAAAGAUGCAGCUAAAGUCAAAGAACAAGAAAACAGCAAACAUCUGAAAGCAGUAGAAACAACAUGUAAAGAUAUAACCAAAUUUCUGAAGAUAUCAGCAGACAAAAUUAAACAACUCAACACACCAAAACAAGCUGAUCAACUCUUCAUGGAACUACAACUUGCAAAGAAAACAAUGAAAAAUGACGAGGAAAAGAAACUACAACUUUUAUCAUAUGAUAUCGAAGAACACAACUUCAGAGCAAAUGAGGCAAUAUUAGAUCUUCUUAAAACAGAGAAGUCUUUGGGUACAUUGACACAAAAAACCUUAAAUAUAAAAUUUCCAUGUGUACAAAUUAACUCUAGACGAUCUUUACAUGAGGGAGAAAUCUGUGGGAAGACAUCAAAAGAUAAAGUCAGUUUGAGAUCUCCGUCUGUGCAAAUAAGGUCUAGACAAUCUUCACAUCAGGGAGAAAUCUAUGUGAAGACAUCAAAAGAUAACAGCAGGUGCUGUAUAAGAGGAAUGACUCUGCUGACUCCCGAUCUUCUUAUCAUCACUGAUCGCAAUAACAAUGCUGUAAAGAUGGUGGAUACCAGCAGUCAAUCUGUGUCAUAUCAACUACAACUAGAUGAUAAACCAUGGGAUGUCACAACGGUAACCAGUACUGAACUUGCUGUCACACUUCCUUCCAAACAAACAAUACAGUUUAUAUCAAUCUCAUCAAACAAACUUAUCAAGAAGCACAAUAUGAGAAUGAAUGGACAAUGUCAUGGUAUAAGCUGUAACCAAGAUAAACUUGUUGUGACAUACUGUUAUCCUGGAAAACUUCAGAUCCUUGAAAUGAAUUACACUAUACUGACAACAAUUGAUGAUAAAAAUAUGUUCAAAGAACCAGAUUAUGUAACAUGUAAUAGAAGUUCUAUCUAUGUAUCUGACAGUGAGAUGAAAUCAGUAACAAGAUUAAACUUGCAGGGUGAUGUGAUUGGGAGUUAUAGUUGUAUAGUUGUACCAAGAGGAAUAUCACUAUCAAAUAAUGGUACUGUCUUUGUGUGUGGCUGGAAGAGAAAUGUUAUAGAAGAGAUAUCAGAAGACUGUUCAACAGGAAAUGUUGUACUGCAGGAUGUGAUUGAUCCAUUUUGUGUGUGCUGGUCUGAGGAAACAAAGAAUUGUAUUUCAGUGGUUACCAUUUAAGUUCAUAUAAAAAUUAUGACAUCCUUAAAAUCUAUAAACUGUCAUAAACUUGGACAAUGUUUAAACACAACAACAUCAACAGUUCUUAAUACAUGUAGUGAAAAUACUUGUCGUACUAUUUUAGAAUAAAUGUGUUUAUUUCAAUAAGGAAAUGAUCAACAUAAAAUUUUAUCGAAUGCCGAUUUGUAUAAUUAGAGCUCUUUAAAACUAACAAGGGCUAUCAGUGAUGACAUGUGUCGCCUCAUGAUAGCCAAGAGCAUGUUGAAGCUACUGUGAAGCAGUAUAUCAAAAUAUAUUUAACAGGGCAAAACACUAUUUUUAUUCCAGGGCAAUAACUCAGCUGACAAUCGUUCAAGCGAAAGUCUUGUGUAUUAUGCACAAGCACGUGUUUGUGAGAUGUCACUGAAGAUAUUGUCUGGUUUUGCAUUUAGAGGGGUGGAUGGAAUUGUUUUGAUGUUUUGUGGGUAAUUAUAAUGGUUUCAGAUUAGAUUAAUCUUGACUAACCAUUGUCAGUCCAUGAAAUAGAGAAAUACAGAAUCCCUAAAGAAAGCCCAACACGACAAAAUUGAAAAUGUUGCAAGCUCGGUUUGAUUGAGCCUGUUCAUGGACGGUAAUGGAAAGUGCAAGUUACCGUCCACGCCUCUCACUUAUUUAUACGGCCAAACGUAACCACAUCAAGAAA